UUUAUAAUUACAAUCUUACGUGUCUUAUCCCUUCAUCCGCUCCUCGCUCUCAAACCCCAGGGAAGCAAAUCCGCACCCAAAAGAAAAAAUGGCAGCGGUCUCCUUAUCGUCACUCCCCCUCGCCUCCUCUCUCUCGAUCGUCUCCUCUAGUGGCGCAAACCCUUCAUUCUCUCUCUCCUUCCCCAAUUCCUCGCCCACCCAAAAGUGUGGAGGUCUGAGCAUCAGGUGCGUUCGUGUUGGUGGAGUUGAGAUACCCAACAACAAGAGGGUCGAGUUCUCGCUUCAGUACAUUCACGGGAUUGGGCGCUCGAGGUCUCGUCAGAUUCUGUGUGAUCUCAAUUUGGAUAACAAGGUGACUAAGGAGUUGAGCGAGGAGGAGCUCAUUAGUCUUAGAGAUGAAGUUUCAAAGUAUAUGGUUGAAGGAGACCUUAAACGUUUCAAUCGGCUGGCUAUUGAGAGAUUGAAGGAGAUACGAUGCUAUCGGGGGAUUAGGCAUGAAAUGGGUCUACCAUGUCGUGGUCAGCGCACAAAGAACAACUGCAGGACUCUGAAGGGCAAAAAGGUCACUGUUGCUGGCAAGAAGAAGACUCGUUGAUGAGGCACUGAAUCAGUAAUGGAUGCCUUCUUCUCUUCUUCUGUUAAAUUAUUGUUCACCAACUUGGAUGUUGAAUUUGUACACCUUCCUCAUGGUCUUUAAUCUCAAUGUCUUCUGCCAUUUCUGAGCGUACUCCUUGGAUGAUAUAAUUUUUUCUUUAUAUAUGACAUUGAACAAUGCUAGCCUGCACGAGUAUGAUGUAUAUUUCACUAUGCACCAUUUAUGAGAGUAAAAGUAAUUUUUUUGGUGCUUUA